AAGGUUCAAGUCUAAAUGGACAUCGUAUGCGCUGUAACUUUGUACUGCCAGAAGCAAGAAGUGGAUCGAGAACGGAUCGUGCAGUUGAUCAACGUCGAACAUGCAGUGGAAAAUCAUCGUGAGCAUCGCGUACCUUCAUUCCAAUCGUGCGCAGUUCCCUCCGUACAGUCUUCUCAAUGGCCGGCCAUCAAACCCGAUUCAACGCUGAUUAAAUAUACUAAAAACUCCUAUAAAUUGGACAAUUACUCGGCAAGAAUGGCGACAAAUGAUCAACAAGCGAAGGCAAUAAAUCGAAUUGCGCCGUGUUCUUCGAUGCAACGACUCCAUAUGACCUCCACAAUGCACACGACAUCGACAGUAAAGUGCUUUAGCUGUUUCUGGACUUUUGUGUGGAUUAUGGUGAUUUACCUAAGUUUUGCCUGUUGUAUGGCCGUAGAAAUCUCCUCAGAGGAACAUUUGAAUGACGUGGAACAACAUGAGCUGAUAAAUAAUACUCCGAACACCUUAAAUCUUGAUCUUCCACGUCCGAUCGUAACAAUCCCAAGGGAUGAUAAUCUAACUCAAUCCGAUGCCUUGAUGAUAUCGCCGAGACGGCACAAAACACGUCGAAAGGGUACUAGCACUGCAAGCAAUGCUCGUCCUAACAAAACGAAAAAAAGGAAAAAUGUCAUGCAGGUAGCAUUACAAACAGCCGCUCGGAAAGGACUGGAAGCGAUGAUCGAGCUAUAUGAUCGAGCCGAACCCAAUCUGCUAAAACGAGGAGCCAUUUUGGAUGCGAAUGAUCCGGGAGCAUUGUUGGCACAGUUUAGCGCUUCCAACCAGACGGAAAUGGAUGCCAAAGCUGCGUACGCAACACUUGUCGCUGCAAAAACGUUCAAAGAAAGCACCAACGUCGAGUAUAUUGCCAUCGGUCGACAGGCACCUCCGAAAAUUUCACUAAAGAAAACACCGCUUGAAAAGUUGUGUCCAUCGCGGGAAUCGCCACGCUGUGUUCCAGCUAGCCUGCGGUAUAGAACGCACGAUGGAACGUGCAAUAACGCCCGCAGACCACGAUGGGGAUCGGCGCAGAUGCCGUUUCAUCGGUUUCUGGCUCCGGAGUAUCAAGACGGUGUCGAGGGGAUACGUCGAUCCGUAACUGGCGCAACGUUACCGUCGGCCAGAUUCGUCAGCCUCGUGGUGCAUGGGUCCCGCAACGAAGAAGCACCCGUGACGAUGAUGUUGGCCCUCUGGGGACAGCUGAUUGAUCACGACAUCACAGCCACAGCCCAGCCGCGCAGCAUUAAUGGAUCCACGCCUCGCUGCUGCAACGGAGGCGAAGAAAGCACUCAUCCCUCCUGUUUGCCGAUCAAAGUUCCGCACGACGACCCUUGGCUGUCACAUCUCGGUGUGCGCUGUUUGGAGUUUCUUCGGUCAGCACCGGCUCAACGACGCGACUGUUUGCUCUCGUGGCGGGAACAAACAAACCAGGCCACCUCUUUCCUGGACGCUUCACCGAUCUACUCGAGCAAUCCGCGUUCGUCAGACAAUGCACGGAUCUUUCGUAACGGCAUGCUGCUGUUUGGACGUGGUCCACCACACGAGGACGUCUGCUUUCGGGCGGCCCUUGCGAACCAAUGCAUACGGCCCGGUGACAGUCGGAGCGGAGAGCAGCCGGGACUGCUAAUGAUGCACAUGAUAUGGGUGAACGAACACAACCAGAUCGCAACGCGCCUAUCGGACAUUAAUCCCCACUGGAGCGAUGAGAAAGUGUACCAGGAAACGCGACGCAUCGUAGGAGCACUUUUCCAGCACAUUACCUAUCGGGAGUUUUUGCCACUGGUGCUGGGCAAGGAGGUGUGUCGACUGUUCGAUCUGGAGCUAGAAACGAGUGGCUACUAUCGCAACUAUGACGCUAACGUGAACCCUACCAUAGCCAACGAAUUUUCGGCCGCUGCCUUUCGUUUCGGACAUUCGCUUAUCCAGAGCACGUACAUGCGUGCUGACCGGCAUCACCGUUUCAUCGCAAACAAUGUCAGUCUGCACGAGGACACGUCUGAGGGUGAUUUUGGAGGUCCGGGUUCGUUGCACAGGUUGCUGCGUGGUAUGGUCAACCAGAGGGCACUGAAACGCGACGAGUUCAUCACGGCUGAGCUGACAAAUCAUCUGUUCCAGACUAAAAGUUUCCCGUUCGGGCUCGAUUUGGCUGCGAUCAACAUCCAGCGCGGUCGUGAUCAUGGACUUCCGGCGUACGUCAAUUGGCGUGGUCCGUGCGGUCUGUCAACGGUGAAAGACUGGUCCGAUUUGGAACGCAUCAUGGGUCCAGCAUCGACGAAUCGUUUACAGAAAGCUUAUCGUACCGUUGAUGACAUUGACUUGUUUGUCGGUGGUUUAGCAGAACGUCCGGUGGUGGGUGGAAUCGUCGGUCCAACAUUCUCCUGUAUUAUUGCUCAACAGUUCAGCAACUUGCGUAAAGGCGAUCGGUUUUGGUACGAAAAUCCAGGCUUCGAAUCAUCGUAUACACCUGCCCAGCUCGAAUCGAUUCGUCAGGUAGCGUUUUCGCAAGUGCUUUGCCGUGCGCUGGGCGGUGGCGGAACACUGCAACCAUUCGUGUUUCUUCCUUCGGAUUUUGGCCAGAACGAAAGACUACCGUGCGAAUCGAGACUUAUGGCACCCAUCGACUUGACGCCAUGGAAAGAACGUGACCCAUUCAAUAACGAUGCCGGAGACGAAGACGAGGACGACGACGAAGAUGACGAAGACGAUGACGAUGUGCUACCAGCGAACGGUAUCAUAGCUACGGCCGACCAAGACACCGCACAAUCUUCGACAUUUUCUUCAACGACGAGCACUACGCGACGCCCUACUUUGGUACUAGACACUUCCAGUAAUGUCAUCAAUAAAGUGGACCUUAUAACGAACGGCAAUACUGGGGUGCAACCGAACCGACAGAGACCACAAUCUUCGACAUUGACAGUCGGACCUACAGUUAUCAUUAGCAACAAAGUAGACUUUUCACCGACAUCCAGCAGACCACUGCCCAGUGGACAAUCUUCGACUUCGACGGUUAUAGAUCACAAACUGGACCUGAAGGUGACUACGAAACCUACUCAGAAACGCAAACCUACCCGCAAAACGACUACCAAGAAACGUCCCACACCGUCAGCGAAUCGACCACUAGUGAACAAUAAUUUGGACUUUUCCGCUUCACGUAACGCAAACGGCACAGUUACUUCCGACGAGGACUCCACAGACCGGCAGCCACUUGCACGUACGAGACGGGCAUUGAGUAAAGUUAGGGAGCAGGACGCACGUUACGGAUACUACCAAACACCUUCUCCACCACCUGAUUACAAUGACUACGACGAGGAUUAUAAUACGGACUAUGAUCCACCUCCACCGUACUUUGCCUAUGUCUAUCAUCGACCAACUACUACAACGACUACAACGCAGACUCCACCGUACGGAUAUUAUCCUCCCUAUGGAGGAGGCUAUUACACAGCCCCACCGACGCCACCUCCUCCUCAUCCACCAAAUCCAUACUUCGACACCCGAAGACCGUUACGUACAACGACACCACGACGUAGACUCUCGGACAAACUUACGCUUAACGCCGACCUACCACCGCAACACGCUUCGCAGCGGCCAAGGACAUCGACGCAUAGACCACUGACCGACAAUAACUUUCACAAGACACCAUCCAAUAAACCAUUCAAACCAUCUUCUCUCGCACAAACUUCUGUCUUCUCUGUAGACUUCAAAAACCUUCCCACUGAAAGUCGUAGCCUAUCCACUAACAGUAGUAAAUCUUUACUUCCUGCUGUCUCUGCCACAACUACUACUAGUGACACUAUCUACGUCUCAAACGAAUCCUCUGUCGCUCUGACAGCUACUCGAUCGGUUUUUCCUACUUCCGGGGAUCUUCCUAUGAAACUUUCGGAAUCUUUCUCUGUCUACGACUACGGCAAUGACUAUGACGAUACGGUACCGAAUCCUAGUAGACAAACGGCAACGGACGCCGACACUGAUGGUGACCGACUUCUGGUACUUCCGCUAGACGAACACGACGGCUAUCUACGACCGGAGCAAACACAUUAUGAACCUCUUGUACGCCAAUCCGUAGUCAGUAUGGAUCAGACUUAUCGAGACUAUUGGACGAAGGAAAGAACCAACACAAGACAUUAUACUGACUAUUUUACGCCAGGUACUUUUCGACCUUUGUACCACGACCUAGCACAAAACGACAGAUACGCUCCCGGACAUGACAAACAACUGCUGUUAGAUGACUACUCAGACAAAUUCGUUGGACUGUUACUAGACGGUGCAAAACGUGACGCUACGAUUCCUGACAAAGACAAUCGACCGACCGUUAAGACACAGGACCGUAAUAGAUCAAGAAUGAUUGACUCCGAAAAGACGCAGAAUGACGCCCGCUACAUGACUGAGCAACGUGCUAUCCGAGACGAUACAAGCAAAGACAGAACAUCGAUAACGAAACUCAAAAACAAACGACCGACCAUCAACCGACUGAAGACGUCAACCAAAAAACCGAGUGCCAUUUCUUUGGUACCGUUUGUACUAUUAACCAGCAUAGACAGACCGGACAAUUGGGUAAUGUACCAUUCCAAGCCAUCGAAACAUCGAAAACCUCCGGCAACGGUACCACUGCUAAAGAGUGAUACAUUUUCUCUCAGCGAGUUCCCAAAACCGAUUGCCGACCCAGACUGAAGUAACAUGUGGCUGAGUUUUGCUGCAAUUUUUAACGCAUUUCCAUGAAUACUUUACUGCAUACCUUACAUUAUCAUCAUAUGGCUAUUUAUUUAUUCCACAACAUAAAAUAAAAUUUUAUUGAAGAAUGCAUAUCAUAUUAAAAGCAA